AUAAUAUAUAAUAAAAUAUAAGAAGAAGAGAAAAAUACACAAAAUAUGUAUAAUAAUUUAAUCAUAAAAGAAAACAAGUCAAGUGACCAGCAGAAAAACUAGCGCCGGCCAACAACCAACACGAGUCAGCGACACGCUUGGAUGGCCGCUUCCCCUCCCGCUAUUCUCGCCGCAUCAUCUCCGACCAUACUCCUUGUUAUUCAUAUCUUAUUCAUUCAUUCUUCGAUAUAUCAGUCCCGGCCUAGAGCGAUUCCCCGGAUAUGAACUGGAUGCCUGGCCGGAGCCCAUGGAGAAGGACCUGCGAUCCUUAAAUCACUCACCUCACCUCGCCUCGCCGCAUAUCCCUGUAUGCGCAUCCGCCUCGGUCAUAGACGCUGAGAGCACAAACGCUCGAUCGAGGGGUGAGCCCCAAAUGCUGUAGCGACCACACUUCUUCGAGCGCUCGCCAUGAGCAAUCCUUCUCCCAAGAAGAAGAACGGCGCUAUCAGUACCAAUCCCAGCACCAACUUCACCACGACAACCUCCACCUCCAAUACCACCAGCAAUUCGACUGCGCCGCCGCAGCCCCGUCAAAUUCGCUUCGUCUCGUCCGAUGGCCAGCCGCAGACCAAGCGCCGCCGUGUGACUGCUGCAUGCCGUACCUGCCGCAAACGAAAGAUCCGGUGCUCGGGUGAGCAGCCUGUGUGCAAGACGUGCUCCGAUUACGGACACACUUGUCUCGGCUAUAAUGACCCCGAAAAGUCUGAGAAACCCUCGUCGCAAACAACAACCAAAGACGACCAGACAGCGCCCCUUGAUGUCGACGAUGAUGAGCCGCCACUGUCUCGGUCACCCACGACCCCCCGCGCAUCAGCGACGACCAUGGCACCACCAGAUGCAACCAAGUCGCCAAAGGUCAUCAGGCCGGCUGCAGUUCUGCCUUUGACAAAAGACACACUCACAAAGGCUACAAAGGAUCAGGAUAAGAUGGGGUUUGUGGACAGUCCUGAGAGCAGUCGCACGUCAUUAAGCUCAGUCAACCGCACUCAUGUGCCGUACUUUCGAUAUUUUGGACCUACAGCGAUUGUGCCGGGCUUCAAACAAAUGGUUGUGCGGGUACGAGAUGGAAGGAGAGGAAAUCUUUCACAUUCUUCUGGCUCGGUGCCGUCAGUACAGAGUCCCCAGCUCAAUCCUCCGGGCGUUUCUUUGGCGGCUGCGUUAGCAGAUGGAGAAUCAAACAGCAUCCCUUUCUACGACCCAGAUGACAGCUUAUCGACUAGCAAUCUAGUCACGCACCUAUGCGAGCUCUUCUUUGUCCAUCUUGGCUGCAGCUUCCCCUUUCUACAGCGCGAUCGAUUCAUGAAAGACCUGAAGGAAAAGCGAAUUGAUAUGAUUCUGGUGGAUGCGGUUUGUGCCUUGGCUGCGAGAUUCUCCCCGCAUCCGUUAUUGAGUCCCCCUCAAGCGCGCCCCAUCGACGGUGAUGAUGAUCAGCCAGAUGCCAAAAAGUCGAAUAAUGGCCAGCCUUUUGCCCACCGUGCCAUGAGGGAGGUAGUCGAUGCGUUGUCCUGUCCUACACUAUCCGUUGUUCAGGCCUGCCUUUUACUUGCAUACGAAGAAUUCGGAUCAAAUCAUGAUAGUGGCCUUUGGAUGUAUCUGGGGAUAGCUAUUCGCAUGGCACAAGAUCUUGGAAUGCAAAAAUUGCAGGGACUUAAGCAUAAUUAUGGGCGUACCGGUCUUCGGCCAAAAGCUGUUAUCACCGGUCAAGCUGGGAAAUUAAGUGUCGAACAGUCCGAGAGUCCACAGACAUCGAAGAGCGGUGCAAGUUUAGAAGCGACGGAUGAAGCUGAGCGAGCCGUUGAGCGGGAGCGAGUUGAUACGUUCUGGAGUAUUUUCUUCUUGGAUCGCGUCAUAUCAUCUGGUACUGGAAGACCGGUAACCUUGCGAGAUGAAGACAUAGAACUACGAUUUCCUCUGCAAAGCGAAUCGAUCCUUUCAAAUGGAUGGCCCGCGCCGUUUCCGCCUCUCAUCCGCAUCAUUCAUCUUUACGGCCGUGUCACGGAUCUGAUCAAUGCCAUACAAGAAGACAAUCACAUCGAUGCAGAGACCUUGAAGCGAUUAGCUGGAAUGGAAAGUGAUCUAACCGGCAUCUAUCAGCGUUUGUCUCCCAAGUUGCAUUUCAAUACCAUGAACUUUCAAGCCUACGUCAAAGCACAAGAAGGAACGAAUUUCAUUCUCUUGCAUUUCUGGUUCCAUACAUUGAUAGUGCUUUUACACCAACCCACCCUUCUAAAUUCGUUCGGUGGACGCAUUCAGCAACUGUACCCAAACAGUCGGGAGUUGUCUAUGUCUUCGGCCAAAACAAUUGCCGAUAUUCUAUCCUUCUCCGAAUUGAUUGAUGCAAAGAGCUUUAUUGGUAAUCCGUUUACUAGCCAGCCUAUGUAUAUUGCUGCCUGUGCAUUUCUUAUGGAGAGUGCCUACUACUCAUCGCCUUCUUCUAGGGCUGGAUCUCCAGGCAUACUAGUGACGGAUCAAACAAGCGCAUUCACUAUCCCACACAUGGACACUACCAACGGGACGGAACGCAAGGCGAAUGCGAAGCACAGUCUCCUGGCUUCGGCAGCAAAAGAAAACUACCAACGCUGCUACCGGGCACUUCAGUCUUUGCAAACCUACUGGGAAGGCACGAAAUACAUUCUCACUGUUCUUGACCAGAAAGCGAAAGGCAUUGGCGAUCCACUACUGUACACAACAGAAGAGAUGGAAAGCACCGCCGAGAUUCCGAUCACCCAAUCGUUGGCGUCACCGAAUUGGCAACAGCCUCCUAGUCGACGGCUGUCGCUGGAUCUGAAUGCUAGAAAGGUCGAAUCCGCUGGCCCAGCCCAAUCUAGCGCUGUAGGGGACCCAAGUUCUCCUAGGAUCGACCCUAGUCAAGCAAUCGGUUGGGCGCUUACUGGGGAAAUCAAUUCCUCCCAGCCAAAUAUCAGUUUAUUGUACCAACUUCCAGCCCCGCCGCUUGACGAGGCGCAAGUGGCAGAUCAAGGAAUUCCAUCCGCGCAAAUACAACGUUCCGGACCAUCAUACCCACCAACAAUUUCGGCCUACUCGUCGAGUCAAGCCGCUGCUGCGGCAAGUAUUUCAGCAUCUGUACCAAAAUUUCCUGCUUCGAACGACAACAUGCUGUCCUCUAACCCCUACACCCCUUCUGGAACCGGCACACCCACGGGCACUCAUAAUGUCUACAAUCAGAAUCUUGUCUCGUCACAACUGACGUCGUAUGGAUAUGCUACUGCGGGCAGUUCAUCUUCACAACCGCUCACCGACAAUCUCAACAUUCUCGCCCCGCAAAUGACUCCACAGAUGUCAGACAUGUUGAUUGAGAGCCAGGAUAUCGAUAUGAAUUCCUUCCACAAUCAGAAUUCCUUCCCGUUUGCAUUUUCAAACGACUUUAACCCGUGGCUGGAGUAUCUUCCCCCGGACGUAAUCAAUAAUUAUUUCGGCGAUCCAUCACAAAACUACGGAACGACCUUGAUGAGUCCCCCCGAUGUCGACGACCAACGAGGAUCUCAACAAUAGUACAGUCAAAACUAUGAAAUGAAAUCAGAAAAGCCUUUUCUUCUUAUUUUCCAUUUAAAUUUCUAUUCUCGUCUUGUUUCAUUUUCUUCUUCAUUGUCUAUUGAACCAAAUUUUCUGAGCGACGGCGAAGGGCAAAGUUAUGGUAGGCGUCGA